AUGGAGACGCUCAGCGCCGUGAAGGCCAAAGUGGGGGCGAAAAGCGCCGGCGGCUGCGAGGCGGCGGGGACGGGCGAGCCCCAGCCCGCCCCUUCCUCCAGCCCCGCGGGCUCCGGCUCCCCGGCGCCGCCCGAGCCCCACGCCUGCAAGUUGGAGGAUUUGGAGACCCUAGCGACUGUGGGCACAGGUACUUUUGGGCGGGUUCAUCUGGUGAAAGAAAAAAUGGCCAAACGUUACUUUGCCCUGAAAGUAAUGAGCAUUCCAGAUGUCAUUCGGCUAAAACAAGAACAACAUGUACACAAUGAGAAGUCAGUCUUGAAAGAGGUCAAUCACCCAUUUCUGAUCAGAUUAUUUUGGACCUACCAUGAUGAACGCUUUUUAUACAUGUUAAUGGAAUAUGUACCUGGAGGAGAACUUUUUAGUUAUUUGCGCAACAUGGGGCGUUUCAACAACAGCACAGGACUGUUUUACUCUGCGGAGAUUAUUUGUGCAAUAGAAUAUUUGCACUCCAAAGAAAUCGUUUACAGAGACUUAAAGCCUGAAAAUAUAUUAUUAGAUAAAGAAGGGCAUAUCAAGCUUACAGAUUUUGGAUUUGCUAAAAAGCUGGUGGAUAGAACAUGGACGCUGUGUGGCACACCAGAAUACCUUGCGCCAGAAGUGAUACAGAGUAAAGGUCAUGGAAGAGCCGUGGACUGGUGGGCUCUAGGAAUUUUGAUAUUUGAGAUGCUGUCGGGGUUUCCUCCAUUUUUUGAUGACAACCCAUUUGGUAUAUAUCAGAAGAUUCUUGCUGGCAAAAUAGAUUUCCCCAGACAUUUGGAUUUGUAUGUGAAGGACCUUAUUAAGAAGCUUCUAGUGGUUGACAGGACAAGGCGAUUGGGAAAUAUGAAGAAUGGAGCAGAUGAUGUGAAAAGGCAUCGGUGGUUCAGGUCUAUAGACUGGGAUGCUGUACCUCAAAGAAAACUAAAGCCUCCAAUAGUGCCGAAGGUAUCCAAUGAUGGAGAUACAUCUAAUUUUGAAGCUUAUCCUGAAGAUGACUGGAACAAAACCCCUCCUGUAGCCCCUAAAGAUCUAGAAAUUUUCCAGAACUUCUGA